ACCCGGGAUCAGGAUUCACGGACAAAACUCAAGCAUUUCUAACUCAACCCCCUUUUUCUAAAACCAAGCCAACCUGUUGAGUGUAGCAGAGCUGAGGGCAGGGUGUUGGCGUACUGAGUGGAGAAAAGUCUCUGGUUGUGAGUCAGAUAUAUCCGCCUUCUUGGGAGAAAUAUCCUCGGUUUUGUCUUUGCUGCAUACAACCUGUGAGAGGUAAACAGCCUCCAGCCUGAAGAUGUCAAAGAUCUGUGCUUUGGUGUUGAUGACACUUGUGUCCCUGGUGUUGGCAGAGGAACAGAACUUGGAAGAUGACCCAUUCACCUUUGACUACCACAGACUGCGUGUCGGAGGCCUGAUUUUAGCUGCUGUCCUCUGUCUCAUUGGCAUCACCAUCCUGCUCAGUGGCCACUGCAGGUGCAAGUUCAACCAGUCCAAGAGAAGGAGGACAGGAAGCAAUGCUCAGCAGAUGCUCUCCGACCAAGGUCGUGCCUGCGACUGCUAAAUAUCUUCCAGAACACACACUGAUGUCCCAAACCUGCAACCAACAGAUAACACGGAGGAGCAGCAGCGGGAUUUGAUACAUCCAACGAGAGGCUUUUGUUUUAUUAUUAGACAGCAACAGAAAGUAGUGUGUGUGUGUACUGGCUGUGAGGUGUGAUGCUUUAUGCCUGAUAACUGAGCUACUGAUCUGCAGCCUGCACCUUCACACAUACACACACAUACAAGUUGUCGCUUUCAUUUCAAUCAGCUGUUUUUCGUAUUUAGAAGUUAAAAAGGAUUUGAAAUGAAGAAACUGACAUAUAAAACCUUUGGUAAUCCCCUCUAUUUACUCAGUGUGAAUGCUUUGUCGUUCAUCGUCAACAGUUUCGGUUGAUUGAGCUGAAAGUGACCUCAUACAACAGUAACACAAACCUAUUACCAAAAAGUUCCUUAAGUGUCCACAUACUGUAGGUUGUGUCAAUGUCUCGCACUACUUCUGUUGCCUGUAUUGUAUGUGUAAGGUCAACAUUGAUGUAGAUAUUAGUCGCUUACUGUGGCCAGCCUAACCCACUGUCCAUGCUUUCAUGUCACAUAUAUGAAAUCCACGUAGUCAUGAGUGUUUAGAGUGCUGUUGAUAAUUCUUGAUAAUCUGUUAAUUCCCAUGUUUAGCUUUAUGGAGGAAAGUAGUGGAUUGCACUGUUCAGAGAUACAGAAACACUCUGUCAUGUUUCUAUAAAAGAACUGUUGAAACAAACAACAA